GCAUCUCACACAGCUGAAGAACACAAGGACACUGACAGCAUCAACAGCAUUGCUCUUUUUCAUAUUCUAAAAAAAUCUAUAUGGUUUUUGCAAGUAAGAGAUCAAGAUUACUCUUAGCAGGGAGGAGAAUUUACAAUACAUUUUGAUAUUGCAAUUUCUGUCUUCUGGGGGAAAACACCAGCAGGUUGUACAGCGGGUAAACAGAGGAUCUCUUAAGACACAAGGACUGUUUAUGUGAAGGUGUCCAGGUAAAGGACUUGGCUUGCGCCAUCCUCCCUUUGCAGGACGCGGAAGGAUUUGUCAGGGUUUGCUCACUGGCAGGCUGCUGCAGUUGGACAGACAAUAACUCAGUGUGCCACAGAGACUGAAAUCAUCUCAAAAUGGACCAUCAGGACCACAUGAAUUCUGGACCGGUGGGUGACUCUCAGCACUCUCCUGGGAACAACAUAGCAUCUGGUGUAGCCAACAUGACCAUCAAUGACGGACAUCAAGGAGACUUGAAGAACGGGACAGCAGCACAUAUGGGACCAGGUGACGGACCAGUGAAAGGAGGGACAGCAGGAGCUGGAGAAGAAGAGUUAACACCCGGAAGUCCGCCAGAGAGUGGCCGGAGCAGUGCGGCAUCAGUGGAUGGGGAUGGAGAGCAGGAGAAUGGGGAAAGAGAGAGCUCUGUCAGCCCACGGGAAUCACCAAUGUCCCCACAUCCAUUGCCAACAACCCUUGCUCAUGGUUUGGGUUCAGGAAUCACAGGCGUUGACAGCCAGUUGAUAAGGAGUCCAUCGGAUAAGAUCUCCGACCAUCAUAGUCCCAGUGGAUCUGAGGAGGAGGAGAAAGAAGAGAAUGAAAAAGAAAAGUCCGAGAGAUUUUCUGGUUCUUUCGGUGUGGAAGAAGCACCUAUAAGUGCUAUCAACAUGAAAGAGGAUAAAGAAGAGGACAAAGAGGAUGUUAGUGACAAAGAAGAGGAAGAAACGGGAGUUUCCUUGGUGCACAGUUCUGUGACCCCGGACUUGACAACCCAGAAAGAUUACAGUGAACAUGAAAUCCCUACUCAUCUUCCCAUGACCCCAGAGGAAGCUAAAAAACGUGGCCUAUCGUUUGACUACACAGAACCUCAGGAUCCCAAUCAUCAGAGUGGUCCUGUGGGCUGGGAGUGCAGCUCUGACAAAACGCCGCCGGAAAGCAAGAGCCCAGACUCAUGCAGGGCGGAUCCAGGUUCACCUCUUUCUCUCAGUGCUGCCGCCGACCCUACCCAAGAGGAAUCAUCUCUUACAGACUUCCAAACGGAUGCUCGGGAAGAAGAGGAAGUAGAGUUGCCAGAGCCAGAACAUGAAGAAGAUGAGACCACUGUUCCUCCUGUUUCCCAAGAAGAUGCUGCACCCAAGAUGGAGCCUAAGCCAGAGGAACAUAGAGAACCUAAAGAAGUAAAAGAGAUCAAGAAGGAGAAUUACUUGGAGACAAGCAAUAAUGAUCCCAUUGAUAUGGUCCAGUCUGUUGCCUCACCAGACUCUAUUGCCAAACCUGAACCUGAUGCUGCCAAAACUGAAGAUGCUACAAAGCCCAGUGCCCAAGUAAUGCCCACAAAAGCACCAAGCAAAGCAGAUCCUGUCAAAAAAACGAAGAAACCCAUCACUACAGCCGCUGCCACUCCUUCCCCCAAAUCUGCUCCUAAACUUCAGAAAACCCCCUCUAAAGAUGCUGCUCCGGCCAGAAAAGCAAGUGUCCCAUCCAAAGCCAAGGCUGGAGUUGGGGCAACUCCUGAAAAAAAGAUACCCACCACAACCCUGCAUGCAAAAGCUAGACCAACUUCUUCCCCCCAAAGAGGGUCUUCAGUCUCAGGCAGCCCCAGCAAAAAGCCCUCAGCCUCCUCAACUCCACCAUGUCGCUUUAGCAGUCAAGGCUCUGUAAAAACACACAACAGCCCAGAGUUCAGGGCCACGGCUGGAGAUGCCAAGACGAAGACUGUGGGUGCCAAACCCCAAGGAGUUGCCAUCAAAAUGUCUGCUGCUUCACGGAUGGAGCAGCGAAGGACAGGGCCAGGGUCCAUUGAAAGAGCUGACUCGCCUAAAACCCCAGACCGUAGUGGUUGCAGCAGCCCGGCCAGUCGGUCCUCCACCCCUGGACAGCAGGUGAAGAAAGUAGCGGUGGUGCGCACCCCUCCAAAAUCACCUGGUUCAUUGAGAUCUCGUGCCCCGAUCGCUCCUGUUGCACCUAUGCCUGACCUGAAGAACGUCAAGUCCAAGAUCGGCUCCACUGAGAACAUCAAACACCAACCUGGAGGCGGGAAGGUUCAGAUAGUGCACAAAAAGAUCGACCUAAGCAACGUCCAAGCAAAGUGCGGCUCCAAGGACAACAUUCGUCACAAACCGGGAGGUGGAAAUGUGGAGAUCAAAUCUGAGAAGUUGGAUUUCAAAGCCCAGUCAAAGGUUGGAUCUCUGGAGAACAUUGGACAUGUUCCUCGUGGUGGACAGAAAAGGAGUGAGAAGGGGAAGGAAGCAGAGCCGCAGGCCGCAAAAGCGUCCUCUAAUGGGGAUGCUGUUCACUCUAAUGAUGUGGACAUGACCUUUGACCUUCCCUCCACUGAAGGGAACAGUCUGGUUUAAGUCAGAGAGCCUCAAUUGAGAGCCACAAGCUAAAUUUCCGAGAGCAAGCCAAAGCGCGCACCGACCACGGCGCUGAGAUCGUGUAUCAGUCCCCCACCAUUUCCGCGGACGGAUCGCCCCGCCGCCUCAGCAAUGUGUCUUCCUCCGGCAGCAUCAACAUGACCGACUCCCCACAACUGUCCACGCUAGCUGACCAGGUGUCGGCCUCCCUCGCUAAACAAGGCCUGUGAGCGGCGAUUGACAAAUCAACUGAUUUUAAAAAAUGUACCUCCUUCAGUCCUUUCAAAUAAGGUGCUUGUCGGAUUUCUCCUAACUAAAGGUUGUCCCAGCAGCUCGUCUGCUUGUGAAAUAAUUUUUGCCUGUUGGCACAGAGGGACGGGUAUUAAUGUCAUUGGCUUAAUGUCAUCAAAAGAAAAAAAAAAAUUCAAUUUAAAAGGUGGUGUAUUGAUCCAAAUGGUCAUUUACAGCACUGAGUAGCCUGAUGUGUUUCAUUUAAUGCCCCGUUUUUUGAAAGAAACAACAAUGGCAUUUGCUUUCAAAGUUGUAUUUGCUUCGUUGCCUUAUUGUGAAUGUUUUUCUUUACCAUAACUUAUGCACUCCUGCUUUGACAUGCAGCAGUAAGGAAGGCAAACACGCUACAUGGUUUGGAGGGUGCGGUUAAUGAUAAUGGCUGUGAGUUUGACAGGAAGUGAACAUUUCAAACGCUCUUUGGUAAAACUUGAGGCAAUUUGGCUGUAAAGGACACAAAUUUAAGAACAAUAGAGGCCUGCUAUGUAAUUAUUUAAAUACAAUUGGUUAGAGGCCACUAUAGUGAAUGUUACAGUCAUUCAAAGCGGUUAAAUUCAUUUUAUAAAAGCGCAAUGUUGGUACCAGACUUUGCUUAUUCUUCAAAACUACAUACUUCACCUCAGCAUAUUAUCCAGGCCCAUCUGUCCUGAUGAUGUGCACAGGAAGUUGCAUCGCUGAAGGAAAUCGUCUUGCUCGGCCUCUAGCGACUCUAUUGACAGAAAAGAAAGCAAAUGUCAUAUUACAAAAUCAUACAAAACGUUGAACUAAAAGCUGUACAGGGCUCAACAAUAAGGAUAAUUUGAGUUUUUUUUUAACUAUUUAAAGCAAAUAAUUGAUGAAUUACAUGCAGUGCAAAACCGACGCAUUAUCUACUAUUGCAUUUUACUUAAUUUUUCUUACAAAGGCAAAAAAAAAAAUGAUUAUGAUAAAAAAAAGAUAUGACACUGAAUAUAAGAUGCGACAAUUUCUUGAAAUUCCAUUCGCAGACGACCAUGUCAUCCUUAUAGUUGAGCUCUGAAGUAGUUUUUUUCCUGCACAAGCACCAUCUAACUGGAAUCACUCGGUUUUUCAUGACCCAAUCCUCCCUGUAUGGUCACUAUCCUCUUAUAUUGGUGGAUUUCAGCUUCUGUGUAUAAAAUGCUAUUCCAAAGAAUUUGUGAAUGGACCAAGAGGAUUUCAAAUCACUCAAAAUAUCUGUGACAACAUUCAUUCCAGGAAAUCUGGCAUUGAGAACAGACAGCUGACAGUGCCUCCCCAGUGUCCAUCAGCUACAUUUCACAAAACUGGCAAUGUUUUAAAGAUUCUCUUUGGUUUAAGACAGAUUCAGUCAUUUACAGCGCACAGGGCCGAUUCAUUUGGUCUGAAAUACGACGCAGGACAUUUAAAACAUAGCCAAGCUUCCCUCAGUAUUAAAGCCUUCAAAACAAACCACAAUGCUCACACGCUGCACAUUCCCAGCAUGCAAUAGACUUCAUCCAUGGUCUUUUUGAAUAUAGUAGCCACAGUCACCACAUCCCUGUCCAGCUGUUUAGAUAACUACCUUUACUAGACUUUAAAAGCGUUUAACUAGUCUUAAAACAUGAAAAGAAAAAAAAAAAAAAACUGGAGGAAGAUGAAAGGAACAAAGCUACCUGCUAAAAUCCAGGUUUAUGUUGCACUCUUUUUUUCUAAUAUUAUUGUGUGGACGAUGUAAAAUGUUCGAAUGAUCUGUCACUAAGCUUUUUAUUAAAUAUCUGCAGUGCAUUGUAACUUUAUGCUAAUUUGAAAGUGAAUGCACUGAAUUGACAAGACAUAUUGAGCUGCCUCAAACUACAUUACUCAUUAAGAUCUAUAUCUUGCAUUUAAAAUAAAUAUUCAAAUAGGGGUAAAUUUGCAUUCAGAAUCCAAGUAAAAGUCUUGCCUAGUGCCACAUGACCCUGUGCUGCAUCCUCUUAACAGCAUGCUGCUAACAUAAACCUGAGCAUUUACACAUGUGGGUUAAGCUGGAGAACAGACUUAUCAGAUGAAAUGUUUAAAAAUGGCACAGGAUAAUGCCUUCUUGGUAAUUCUAACCUUUAGAUGUGUUUUCAAACGGUUCUGUGAUCUGUUAACCAGUUCUGAGGUCUCUCGCUCUCCUCCGUUUCAUUUCCCGCCUCUGCUCUUCUUAUCGCAUUCUCCAUUCUAGCUUGACAGUUGUGACCGUCCUUAUCGUAAUGUGUUUUAUUAAUUGGUUUACACUGAUACUCCUUGCUGUAAACGUGAAUUUGGAAAUAAAGGUCGUAUUAAACUG